GUGUGACCAUUUGAACCCUUUCAACAACACCACGACGCGUUUCUAGCAUGGAGUCCAAACUCAAAGCAUUGAAAGUGGUUGACCUCAAGGCCAUCUUAGCCACAGCCAGCGUCUCUCUUCCUGCAAAAGCCAACAAGCAGGACCUCAUUAACACCAUCCUUGCUUCCCAGGCUGCCCUUGACGCCUACAACACCCUUCACGACGUCCCUGUCGUCGAGGUCGCACCUCCCAAGGCGCCAGAAAAGAAGGCAGAACCUCCCACUCCUGUGAAGGCAAAGCCAGCUGAGCCUCCUAAGAUGCCGCCAAAGGCAGAGCCUGUAACGGAGCCUGCAGCAGCAGCUGCACCACCAGCGUCUGUGCCUGCACCGGUCGAGCCAGCGACGGCAGCAGAAGCAGACGUGGAUCCUGAACUGGAGAAGCGAAAGCAACGCGCUGCUCGAUUCGGCAUACCUCUUGUUGAGUCCAAACCGGAUCGCAAAAACGCGUCACGGAAAAAACAGCCCGCUACGGUGGAUGACCCCGACAAGAUUAAAGCCCGUGCGGCGAGGUUUGGAAUCGCUACAAAGUCUACAACCUCUCCCCCUUCGAAACGAAAGGCGGCGGCUACCAUGACAGAGGAAGUUGAUGCUGAAGAGUUGGCACGGCGGAAGAAACGAGCAGAGCGGUUUGGUCCCAAGUCCACUUGAUGAUAACGACGCCUGAUUCUCACGUACUUAUAUGCUCCGCCGCUUGAUGAUGACGACCCUAUGCCGUUAUAUAAUGACGCGAUUGCGGAUUUUUCCCAGCAUCGAGAAAAUUACAGACUCACUGAGGGACGUAUGUAUCAUUACGCUGCGACGGAUACUGUUCCAGUGGAU